CGUCGAGUGUCACUCGACGAUGAAUUUAUUUUAUGCAGGCUGAUGUUCGUACAAGUUUUCUAGUGUUUUCAGCAUACCUGCCUAACUCACUGCUAAAAGAACCGUGGAAACUCAAAACAAAGAAAAUGUACACCAUUCAUGAGGGCGAAAUUUUAUUGAAGGAAAAGUAUGGCUCUUCUUCCUUAGAAAGAUUUUAUAUAAAACCGCCAGAUCAAGCAAACUUGGUAAUUGUAGACAAUCAAAAGUUUAGUGAUGUGUCUAGUUGGUUUGCCAGAAUAUUCCUUCCCCAUGGGUAUCCAGACAGUGUUAGCAAGGACUAUACGGCUUACCAAAUAUGGGAUACCGCCCAAGCUUUCUGCAGCACUAUUACAGGGACAUUAGCCACACAAGAGGUACUCCGAGGGGUCGGAGUGGGCAACACAAGUGCAACACCAUUGGCUGCAACGGUUACUUGGGUGUUCAAAGAUGGAUGCGGGCAUCUCGGAAAGAUACUGUUUGCAUUUAGCCAUGGAACUUAUUUGGACGCUUACAGCAAGAAGUGGCGACUUUAUGCUGACACUCUAAAUGAUGCUGCCAUGUGCAUAGAAAUAGCGCUGCCUCUUUUCAAGAGUUAUACAACAUUUGCCCUGUGUGUCAGCACUGUAAUGAAAGCCAUUGUUGGAGUUGCAGGUGGUGCGACUAGAGCUGCUAUGACCCAACACCACGCCGUCAGAGGGAACAUGGCUGAUGUGUCUGCUAAGGAUUCUGCACAGGAAACUGCCGUCAAUCUGGUAGCUUCAAUAGCUGCUUUGCUCAUACUGACCAUAUUUGGGAAUUCGCUUUUAAUAUUUAUCGUAAUGAUUAUUCUUCACAUAGCUUGCAAUUACCUAGCAGUGCGCGCCAUAUGUUUGAGAACAUUAAAUGAACCCAGAUUCCUUCAAUUUAUCGAUUUGUAUUUACGAAAGGAAGUAAUUGCUGCACCUUGCGACAUCAACAGAAACGAACCCAUUAUAUUCUAUCAAUUGGGACCAAAUUUACUAGAUUUGAAACUAUGUGGAUUCCAAUUGAGAAUGGGAAAAUCUAUAAAACCGUUAAUGAACAAAGUAAGCAAAGCAGCUUUUUUGUCGAAACUUACCGAAGUGUAUACGGAGAGAAACUACAUGCUUGUGCCAAAUAUCAGCAACAGGAAAAUGUUUAUACUAUUCAAAGAAGGCGCUAGUACAGACGAAAUACUAUGCGCUUAUUUCCAUGCUGUUCUACUUUCCAUCAUCACAUGUGCUAUAAAUGAUUAUCCUUUGACAGUAUACGAGAAUUCCGUUGAUACCCGUCCAUUCGCCCAAGUUUGCCGGACACUGCAAUCAGCGGAGUGGAGUCGGGAGUCGUCCGACCUCGUGGAUUCCAUCGGCGGCUUCCAGUACGAACCCUCGCAUGACCUCACCGCGUACGUUGAUAUGAUAGUUCAAAAGGAAUGGAACCAAAUUAGAGAAGGCUUAACUAAAGUUGGUUGGGAUCUUUCGAAACAUCUUCUCGUAGUAGACGAAUGGAGAGUGGGCAGUAAAUUAAAACCAAUUGAUCCAAUUGCUCCAACAGACAGCGAAGAUAAUCAUUAUACGGUCAUUGCUCCAACUUCAAAAAUCAUCCCCUUUGGAGAAAUACUUAGUGACUUGGAAUCUGACCAAGGAAGUGAAAAAGAAACUUUUACUGUGGAGCCAGAGGACUCAGGACUAAGAUUGAGAACAGCUCUUAUGUCUAAAUCAGAAACUCUUGCACUCAAGGCUGUAAAAUCAUUGGAAUCAAAUAAUACCAAACUCUCAAAUCAGUCUAGCUCCGCGAUGAAAAGUGAAGACGCGAGUUUAAAAGAGGCUACAACAAGCACGCAAAAUGUAACUCCACUACCAAAUGAAAAGCUAAAGAAAGAAGACUGAUGCAUUAUCUUAGGGGUCUGUAUAAUUUAAGGAACUAUCCAAGUUGUGAAAAAAAACAAUAGACAACGAAUGUCAGCAAGCAAUAACCUUGACUAUUUAAAGUUAACUCUUGAUAGAUUCUAGAUAAUAGCUAAAAAAAUUGCUGUUCCCCAAUAAUUCUCCUAAAAAGUAUUAUUGUAUUCGCUGAUUUUAAUACUAUACUUUUACAUUCGUUAUAUAUAUUUGUUCAAUAUCUUAAAGUUCUAGUUAAUGUAUUGUUGAAAAUAUCGAAACUUUAUUCUAUUUUACAUCGAUGUCAUAGUACAAUUUACGUGAAAAGCAAUGAUUCAUAUCACCUAAUCAUGCUAAUGUUACUAGUCUAGGUGAUAAUUAUGUAGGUAGGUAUAUAGGGUAAAAUAUAUAAGUUGCAAUUGGCAAAUUUAAAGUUCCGAUUUUUUUUAUAUAUAUGGGUAUCUUUACUUGUGAUCGUGUAUUAUUUAUUUUUGCAUUUAAUGAAUGGUAGCAUUAAACGAGAAGUAUAUUAUAUGUCUGUUUGUGGCAAAAUGUGUUCAAAAACAUUCCAUAAUAAAAAGUAGUAAGUAGAGCUAUUCUUGUUAUAGUCUAUAACAAAUUCACAUUUAUGAGAUUUUUAUAUACAAGACAAAUCACAGAUUAAAUUAAAAGUAUUAUUUAUGUAUAUUCCCAUAUGUUAUGAGUGUCAUUCUCAAGACCCAGACAUUAGCCAAUUUAAUGAUUGCUCAAAUUUAUACAAUACAAUUUAUGAAUAAAAUAUACAUAUUAAAAUCUGUCUUUAAUUUUCGAUAUAUACGAGGGUGAAUCCAAAAGUUUGUGGCCUAACCUAGUAAAUAAAUGUCUAUAAUUUUUUUUACUAUCCUUAUUUUGUCGCUUGUAUAUUUAGUAGUAAGGGUGCAAAUCUGCAAUUGGAUACAUCUCUCUGUCUUUGUUUAAUAUUUUUUUGUGCAAAGCAAGUCGUGAAGUUUUCUUGCAAGAGCAACCUUCGCACAGCUCCGUCCUGUAUGGCAAUCACGGAAACUGACUAGGAGAGUUAAGCUCAAAAUAUUCCGGUCCAAUGUGAAAACCGUUUUGCUGUAUGGGUGUGAGACGUGGAAGGUCACUAAAGACAUCUCGCACCGUCUCCAAGUCGUCAUUAACCGCUGUCUUCGCCGUAUUCUCGGUGUUUACUGGCCUGAGAAAAUCUCCAACGUAGACCUGUGGGAACGCUGUGGUGAGACUCCGAUCGACCAGCAGAUCAAACGCCGCAAAUGGAACUGGAUCGGCCACACGCUCCGAAGGGACCCCCAACACAUACCGAGGCAAGCCCUAGACUGGAAUCCCCAAGGAAAGCGUAAACGUGGCCGCCCUAAACAGACCUGGUGGCGGACAAUCAUCGCAGAGGUGAAGAAUCUAGGAAAGACUUGGAACGAAAUAAAACGCGAAGCUCAAGACCGAGCGGGAUGGCGACGCACUGUGGAUGCCCUCUGCCCCAGCUAGGGGACAUAGGACCUUAAGUCAAGUCAA